GGAGGAGGUUUUUGUUGGUAAAGAAAAGAUUUGAAUCAGAGCUCAAGAUCCAUUAAAGGGAGAAAUCCAGCAAAAGCAGCUGAAAUCCAGCUUGGAAAAGGGGUGGGGGGGAAGGAGGAGAAAGAAAUGAAUCGAUAAUUUUUUUUUAAAAAAACCCAACCACCACCCAAGACUUUAAACUGGUCUCAACCUCUUCAAGGAAAGUUAAUCAAUAAACUAAUUAACUGCUUUGCAAGCUCUGUAAUUAAUAGAUCAAAAGUAUUAGCGCCGGGGCUCUGGCAUCGCGAACAGCUCUCCUGCUUCCAAGGAGGCGGAAUUGUGAGAUUCUUUCUAAUUGGGGUUUUUUUUAAUAAUUUUUUUUGCAUCGGGAUUUUAAUUUUUUUUAAUAAUAAUAAUAAAAAAAAAGCAGCAGCCGAGGGAGGUGAAAAAAAUGGAGGAGGAGACAGCGAGGAAGCUCCGCCGAGGGAAAAAAAAAAUCGACGCCAAGAUUUGGGGGGCUCUUGCCACCCUCCAAACCCACCCGCCUCCCGUUCCUUUGUUUGUUUCGCCGCUGGGACGUGUCGGGGAGACCUCGCCGUGGGGUGCGGCGCUCGCUGGGGCCGGGUCGGGGAUUCCAAGCGCGCCCCCCAAAUUCGCCCCCUGGGCCCAAUGAAGGAACCCGAUGCCAUUAAACUUUUCAUCGGGCAGAUCCCACGGAACCUGGAGGAGAAGGACCUGAAGCCCAUCUUCGAGCAGUUCGGGAAAAUCUACGAGCUGACGGUGAUCAAGGAUAAGUACACGGGCAUGCACAAAGGAUGCGCGUUCCUGACCUACUGCGCCCGGGAAUCGGCCCUCAAGGCGCAGAGCGCGCUGCACGAGCAGAAAACGCUGCCAGGGAUGAACCGGCCCAUCCAGGUGAAGCCAGCAGACAGUGAAAGCAGAGGAGAAGACCGGAAGUUGUUUGUGGGGAUGCUGGGCAAGCAGCAGACGGACGAGGACGUCAGGAAAAUGUUUGAGCACUUUGGGAACAUCGACGAGUGCACGGUGCUGCGAGGGCCGGACGGCACCAGCAAAGAACGACGGGCAGAGGGGGCCUCAGGGCUGGGCCUAGAUCCUCCACUUGGGGGUGCGUCACCCCAUCCCGAGGGGUCACUCACACGCUCCUUUGCCUCCGUGCCAGCCGCCUACCCCGCUGCCUACGGGCUGGUGAGCCCGGCCUUCCCCCAGCAGCCCGUCCCCCCAGGACUUCCUAGGCCCCCCCAACACUGCCCCGAGGGCUGUAACAUCUUCAUCUACCACCUGCCCCAGGAGUUCACUGACUCCGAGAUCCUGCAGAUGUUCCUGCCCUUCGGGAACGUCAUCUCUGCCAAAGUCUUCGUGGAUCGGGCAACCAAUCAGAGCAAAUGUUUUGGGUUCGUAAGUUUCGACAAUCCUGCCAGCGCCCAGGCUGCCAUCCAGGCUAUGAACGGCUUCCAGAUCGGCAUGAAGCGCCUGAAAGUGCAGCUCAAGCGACCGAAAGACGCCAACCGGCCGUACUAAGGCCCCAG